AUGGCUCUUCCUUCCACCAUGAAAGGCCUCGUCCUCCACGAGGACGACUCCGUCACCCUCGAGACAUCCCUCCCCGUCCCCUCCCCAGUCCACGGUUCCGCCAUCGUCAAGGUCCUCGCCAACCAGGCCAACCCCAACUUCUUCAACAUGAUCCGUGGUCAGAGCGGCGCUCAUCCCUUCACCCAACCAAGGCCCCUAGUCCCAGGUGCUGCUUGUAUCGCUCGUGUCGCUGCCGUGGGACCGGAUGCCGUCUCCCUCAAGGUCGGCCAGCUCGUCGCCAUCGACAACUUUAUCCGAGCUCGUGAUGAUCCCAAUGUCAACAUCCUCUGGACCAUGUCUGAUGGACAGACUGAAGAGUCCAAGAAGUUGCAUAAAGAUGUCUGGCGAAAUGGCACCCUCGCCGAAUAUGCGAGGGCACCUCUCGAGAACCUCUACCCCCUGGACGAGGAAACCCUCUGUGGCCCUGAGAGUGAAGGAGGUCUGGGGUACUCGAUUGAAGACCUUCUUCACAUCAUUCCACACAGCGUUCCCUUUGGCGGUCUUCGAAGCAUCCAUCUUGAGCCCGGCGAGACUCUUGUCGUCACCCCUGCCACGGGUCUUUUCUCCGGUGCUACCGUUUCCACCGCCCUCGCCAUGGGCGCCAAGGUCAUCGCUGUAUCUCGCUCCUCCUCCGGCCUCGAAAAGCUCAAGGCCAACUUCCCUUCAGUUCACACCGUCGUGGUAACUGGCGAUGUCAAGGCUGACACCGCCGCCAUUCUCGCCGCCUCCGGAAAGAACGCCCCUGACGCAUGCAUGGAGAUUGGCCCCCCCGCGAGCACUGGCAGCACCAUUGUCACCUCGUGCAUGCUGUCCGUCAAGUCCUAUGGACGCAUCGUCCUCAUGGGUGGUCGUGGCGACACCAACCUCCCCUUCCCCUGGCCUCAACUGCUCUUCCGUAACCUCACCGUCAAGGGAGGUUUCAUGUAUCAGCGUGAAGACGUUCAAAAGAUGAUCAAGCUGGCUGAGACUGGCCAACUGAAGGUUGGCAAGAAGCACGGUUUCGAAAUCGUGUCCUCCUUUUCCUAUGAGGAUUGGGACAAGUGUGGGGAUGCCGCCGUUGAGCACACAGCCUUCGGCCAAAUGGUUGUUCUGAAGCCUUGA